CCCAGGACGGCGCGGUCAAAGCCGAGGUUGCAGCACCUGCCCACCAGGAUCCAGGCUGGAGGACAAGACCUGCGGGAAGCUGACCCUCAAAGAAAGAUUUGGAUGCCGGGAACUUGUUUGAAAAGCAAUUGCAGAAACUACCACUAAGGACCAAGGAACCUAAAAGAACUGAGAACAGGAUGCUGCCCGUCACAGACCACCUGCUGCACUUCCUGGGCCUGGAAAGGACAGCGUUCCGCACCUGCGCGGUGUCCGCCCUCCUCUUCUCCCUGCUCUUCGCCUUCUUCAGCCUGCUGCUGCGGCUGCUGCGAACCUGCUGGGCCUUCUACAGCACCUGCCGCCGCCUGCGCUGUUUCCCUCAGCCACCGGGGAAGAACUGGCUGAUAGGUCACCUGGGCACGUAUUUCCCGAAUGAGAAGGGCCUUCGAGAUGAGAAGAAGGUGCUGGACAGAAUGAAUGACGUGGUCCUGGUGUGGGCCGGGCCUGUCCUGCCGCUGUUGGUUCUGGUGCACCCCGAUUACAUCAAGCCUGUGCUGAGUGCCUCAGCUGCCAUUGCCCCCAAGGAUGAAUUUUUCUACAGCUUCCUGAAGCCUUGGCUGGGGGACGGCCUUCUGCUCAGCAAAGGGGACAAGUGGGGCCGGCACCGCCGUCUGCUGACCCCCGCCUUCCACUUCGACAUUCUGAAGCCGUACAUGAAGGUCUUCAACCAGUGCACCAACAUCAUGCAUGCCAAAUGGCGGCGGCACCUGGGGGAGAGCUCGGUGGCCUCCUUUGACAUGUUUGAGCACGUCAGCCUCAUGACCCUGGACAGUCUUCAGAAAUGCGUGUUCAGUUACAACAGCAACUGCCAGGAGAAGAUGAGCGAUUACAUAUCGGCCAUCAUCGAGCUGAGCGCCCUGGUCGUCCGGCGCCAGUAUCGCCUGCAUCACUACCUGAACUUCAUCUACAACCUCUCCACCGACGGGCGGCGCUUCCGCCGGGCCUGCGAUAUAGUGCACCGCUUCACCACCGAGGUCAUCCAGGAGCGGCGGAAGGCGCUGUGUCAGCAGGGGACGGAGAUGUGGCUGAAGGCCAAGCAGGGCAAGACCUUGGACUUCAUCGAUGUGCUGCUCCUGGCCAGGGAUGAAGACGGAAAGGAACUGUCUGAUGAAGACAUCCGAGCAGAGGCUGACACCUUCAUGUUUGAGGGUCAUGACACAACAUCCAGCGGGCUCUCCUGGGUGCUGUUCAACUUGGCGAAGUAUCCAGAAUACCAGGAGAAGUGCCGGGAAGAGAUCCAGGAAGUCAUGAAAGGCCGGGAGCUGGAGGAAUUGGAGUGGGACGACCUGACCCAGCUGCCCUUCACCACCAUGUGCAUCAAGGAGAGCCUGCGCCAGUUCCCGCCAGUCACCCUGAUCUCUCGCCGCUGCACUGAGGACAUCAAGCUCCCGGACGGACGCAUCGUCCCUAAAGGAAGAAUGCCAGGGUGAAGCACGGAAGGGUGGAGCACGGAAGGCCAGACUUGGAGGUUGG